CAAACCAAAAAUUAUCCUUGAGAAAAAAGAAAAAAAAAACUACAAAUUCCCCACCACUUUUCAAGCUCGACUUUAGCUGUGUGGAUUAUCGGCCGUCAACAAAUUAUGGCGGAUUUGCGCGACGAGCACGGCAACCCGAUCCAGCUAGCGGACCAGUUAGGCAAACCGGUUCAGCUCACCGACGAGCACGGCAACCCCAUGCACAUCACCGGCGCUGCCACCACCCACAGCGGCGCCUCUGCCUUGCACGUGCCUCCAGUUCCGGUGGCUGAGCCGCUUCACGCUCCACCGCCGGAGCCUCAGCAUCAGUCUCUGCACGAGCAAUUACGUCGCUCCGGCAGCUCCAGCUCUAGCUCGUCAGAGGAUGAUGGGCAAGGGGGGAGAAGGAAGAAGAAAGGGGUGAAAGAGAAGAUAAAGGAGACCUUUAGCGGAGGGAAGCACGAAGACUCGAUGGCAACGACGACUGUGCCAGGGCACGAGAAGAAGGGUAUAAUGGAGAAGAUCAAGGAGAAGCUCCCCGGCCACCACCACAAUCCCUAA